AAGAACUACGUUCUGUCGACCAUACAGCCUGUCGGUGGACACCUACAUCGGAGGUUUUUUUUUAUUCGCCUCUGUCCAACAUUAAUUGACAUUCAGUGCAAUCCUCGGGCAUCCUGUGCGGUGCAUUUCAAUGGUUCUUAAGUAGGUGGGGUUUCUAAGUGUUCCUCAAUACGGUGUCCGUAGGAAGAAAGUCGAAACAGUUGCAUUUUACCGUGAUAUGUGUGGAUUUUGUUAUUGAUUACUGGUGACUUUAAUGAUAGGAUAGACUAGCAAAAUGAUGUCGACGGACAUCUGUCGAUGGUUGUUUUUGCUAAUUUCAUUGGCAACAUGGACAACGAUUACAAGUUCGAAGGAGAUGCGCGUGGUCUGCUACUACACGAAUUGGUCCGUAUACAGGCCGGGCGCAGCAAAAUUUAACCCGCAAAAUAUUAACCCCUACUUAUGUACGCAUCUUAUUUACGCUUUCGGCGGAUUCACCAAAGAAAACACCCUCAAGCCUUUCGACAAGUACCAAGAUAUAGAAAAAGGAGGGUAUGCGAAAUUCACAGGGUUGAAAACCUACAACAAAAAUCUGAAGACCAUGUUGGCUAUUGGAGGAUGGAAUGAAGGUUCGUCCAGAUUUUCACCCAUGGUGGCUAACUCAGAAAGAAGAAAGGAACUAGUAAAGAAUACCAUUAAGUUUCUGAGGCAGAAUCACUUUGACGGUUUGGAUUUGGACUGGGAAUAUCCCACUUUUAGGGACGGUGGGAAGCCUAGAGACAGAGACAAUUACGCCCAACUCGUAGAGGAAUUGAGAGAAGAGUUCGACAGAGAAUCCGAGAAGACUGGACGACCACGACUUCUUCUAACCAUGGCUGUUCCAGCAGGUAUAGAGUACAUUAAUAAAGGAUACGAUGUACCAAAACUAAUGAAACAUUUGGAUUGGAUGAACAUUCUAAGUUACGAUUACCACUCAGCGUUUGAACCUGCUGUGAACCACCAUGCUCCACUGUUCUCGAUGGAGGAAGACAACGAAUACAAUUAUGACGCAGAACUGAAUAUAGACUACACAGUUAAACACUACAUGAAACUUGGUGCCGAUCCGCAUAAGCUAAUUUUAGGUAUCCCUACGUACGGAAGAUCGUACACUCUGUAUAAUCCAGACGCUUUUGAAAUCGGAUCUCCUGCUGAUGGACCUGGGGAUAUGGGCGAAGCCACUAGAGAAAAUGGCUACUUGGCGUACUAUGAGAUUUGCGACAAUAUCAAAAAUCAAGGUUGGGAGGUGGAACAACCAAAUCCUACAGCAAUGGGUCCUUACGCCUUUAAAGACAACCAAUGGGUAGGGUACGAUGAUGAAGAAAUCGUCAGGAAGAAAUCCGAAUACGUGGCAGAAAAUGGACUUGGAGGGAUUAUGUUUUGGGCCAUAGACAACGACGACUUCAGGGGUAAUUGUCAUGGCAAGCCUUACCCCUUAAUAGAAGCUGCAAAGGAAGCUUUAAUGAACGCUUACGGGCUUACAGACGACAAUCUGAUAUCUCCACCAACCAAACCUAAGAGCAGGAGUAGACCAAGAUCCAAACCCACUGGAAAGGCUAAAACGGAAGUCGAGGAAGAGGCCAAAGUAGAAAAAGUGUCGAAUUCCGGUGGAAGCCGUAGGCGAAAUAGAUUUAAAUCGAAAGCCAAAGAAGAAGGUCGGGAAAGUACCAGACAGAAAAACCGAAGGAAGGAAUUGCGAGCGACGACAACAGAAGUGCCCACCACCCAUAGCAGUCUAAAAGUGGUCACCCCAAGUUAUACCACACCAGCCCCACCUUCAACACCUGAAUUAGAUGGAGCUUUUAAAUGUGAAGAUGAAGGUUUCUUCCCACAUCCCAAAGACUGCAAAAAGUAUUUCUGGUGUCUAAGUGGAGCUGGUGAUUCUGGAAUUGUUGCUCAUCAAUUUACUUGUCCAGCAGGGUUAUACUUCAACAAAGCGGCAGAUUCUUGUGACUAUACCCAAAAUGUUCUUUGCAACAAGAAAUUGCAAAAGCCGUCAACCACGACAACUGCAUCAUCCAGUGCAUCGACCACGCCCGCCUCAACCAUUUUCUCCACUUCAAGAGCACCACCAAAAAUUACAGCAGCGACUAGUCGAACGACAUUUAAAGUAACUACUACGACAGAAGCUUACGAAGACGAUUACGAAUACGAAGACGAAGAUGAUGAAGAAGAUGAAAAAGAUGAUAAGGGCAAAGUUGAUCCAGAAGAAGAUCCUAGGGUUAUUAAGGAACUGAUUGAACUGAUUAAGAAAGCAGGAGGAAUCGAAGAACUCGAAAAACAGCUCAGCGGUUCAAAAACUGGUGUAACUAAUCCUAGUUCGGACUCGACAACACCAUCUGGAAUUAGCAAGUCACUGUACGAAAGAGUUCUUAAUAAGGCGGUCAAAAAUACAUUAAAUUCGAAGAAAAAUCCUCUCACAACACUCCGCAACAGUAGAGGACCGCAAAACGAUGGCCUCAGCCGAAAAGAUGAGUCGCCUUCAUCAUCCAGUAAAACUGACAGGGGAAAGUUGCAAUAUACGUCAAUAUCCAGGAAAAGGCCCAGUACCGAAAAAUCUAUCGAAGAAGACAAAGAUGACGAAGAGGAAGAGGAAGAGGAAGUUAAAGAAGAUAACGCCAAAACUAGACGAACUUUCAGUAAAAAGUUCCAGCCUGAAUAUGUAACGAUUAGGAGGCCCAGAGUUAGCAGUACCACUGAAGCAACAGAAGCUGACAGCUCACUAAAUAGAAACAAGAUCCUUGGCGAGACGUCCGAUGAAGAAUACGAUGAUGAUGAUGAUUCUGACGAAGAUGAGGACGAUGACGACGAUGUAGUAGAGGACGAUGAACAUAUUAAGAAACAGCACACACCUCAGUAUGUAAAUAUAAGAAGACAAAGACCCUCAACUUCAACUGAAGAGAGUACGACUUCUAAGUACACAGUAAUAAGAAGGGGAUCUAGUUCUACGACCGAAUCUGCAUCUGAAGCAAAUGAAGAAACUACUACAUCGAAGUACAAAACUAUAAGACGUGGUUCUACUUUAAGCCCUACAACAACUACAGAGCAGGAAAGUUCUAGUUCCAGGUUCCAAUUAAGGCGAGGUACAACAGCUUCCACCACCCCCUCAACAGAUGGAGCUACAUCAAGAUUUAAGAACUUUAGACGUGGAUCUACCACUCCAAAAGCAACCGAUGCUUCUGAAAAUGUAACCUCUUCAAGCAGUACUGAAGCUAGUGUCACAACACCCUUAGACGAUGAAAAUGACGUUACACCAAGAUCCAGUACAGUAACACGAAGCUCCACAGAAACUUCAGAAAUAAAUACCUCUGGAUAUCAAAUUAUAAACAGAAGUUCAACCACUACCCAGCCCGAAAUAGAUACAGUUGCAACAAUUUCUGCAAGUGUAACUGGCCCUCCUCUCGUAACUUCCACCCAAGCUUCAACAACAUUAUCUAAUGAUGAAAAUAACAUCACGACUCUUGCAAAUAUAGUCGACGACAUAAUAACAUCAGAACCUUCGUCAACAGCCAAAAGUGAAGUUCCAAGCAGCACCUCAGAGCAACCUAUCGAAAUAAAGAAACCGGAUGAUCCAACGGAAACUCCCGAGAAAAAUACUUCUAACUCUUCAGCGGCAGACGCCACAGACAAUGAGACAGAAACCACACAAAAGAAUCAGCCACAUCUCUUAGACCCAAGACCAUUCUCAGUAUUUUCGCGCGAUGCAAGCAGUACGGUGAGGUCAGUCACUGAACCGACAAUUCAAAAUUCAAAGGUGAGUCAAUCAAAUUUUAAAUUUCGGUUAAAACCGAAAACAUUGGAUUCACACGAUACUAGUAGCGAUCACACUUCCACAUCAGAAACUCCUGUUUUAAAAAAUACCUACAGAUUUAGAAAUAGGGGCACUUCAAGAUUUACUUCAGGUAGUCAAAAUAUUAAAAAACACGUAGAAGACACCGAAGAAGAGGAAGAAGAAGUAGAUUCUAAAGUCAAAGUUCGUAAACGUAUAUCCACAACUGAAAAGUAUAUUGAAGAAAACAGAACCUUUAGACCUUCGGAAUUAGCUGAUUUGUCUUCUCUUACUGCAGUGGAUUUCGCAAAAAUCAAAGAGUUAAAUUUCGGAAGAGGAACUCACAAGCGUAGAGGAAGACCUAAUACUUUAUCCACCGUUGCUACUACCACAGAAGACUCUAUCGAGGAAGUCGCGGAUGAAUCAUCGAGGACGAGUUCAAGAACUUUACCUUUAGCACGAAAAUUAAUUGAAAACUCACCUCUUGGACCAAGCAGAAGAAUAAUUCCAAAAAAAAUCGACCAGCUCAACUCAAGUUCGGAGUUAAAUACUACGAAAAAGAUUCGCGGGUUUGGAUCUAGAACAACAAGGCAACCGUCGACAACUGAAAGCUCUGAUACCCUUUCUAAACUCGAUGAAAAUCCGUCACCUCAAACUGUUAAUGUGACACCUAGAAGCCGCAGAGUAGUAAGAAGAUUUAGAACUACAACACCAAGAUCUGUUCUUAACAAAGAUUCAAACUCAAAUGGUAAGUCCUCAAGUGAAAUACAAGCCUUUAGAAGACGGACCUUUGCAGCAAAAAUUGGAAAUAGCACAGAAGCAAGUGAAAACACAACAGUUGGUACACAAAAUGACAAACAAAGUCCUUUACAGAAACUAUUCAGCAAAAAACCAACCAGAUUACCUUUUGUAAUCCAAAAAAAUGAUGUCGAUGAAGACAUCGAUGACAGCGCUGAAGAUUCCAGCACAGAAGAAGGAGAAAAUAUAAAAUUAUCGGAAUCCAACAUCCGAGAAAAUAGUGACGUAAACAGUUAUGACAUAGGAGGAAAACAAAGGGUGUUUAAAUUAAUAAGACCCAAAUCUGAUAUCCUGCAUGGCAAAGAAAAUACUGAAAAGGGGAAAAUAGAAUCAGGAAAAGGAGCUCUGUCAAUAACAGAAGCAACUACAACAGAGAAAAUUUCAGAGAACAAAACCUUAGAAGUGUCUACACAAAACAGUACGGAAGCAACUUCUACAGAGGCGGUACCUGAAGAAACCACUACAGAAAAUGUUACUACUACAAGAAAACAAGAAGUAAGUACAACAUCUACUCAACCUAGCUUUAGAACGAGAAAAAUCAUUAGAAAACUGAAGCCUACAACAGCAACUGUUCUCACUGCUAAAAUAUCUACUACAGAACCCACCAAUGGUCGUAAGCGUAAAGUAAUUCGUAGGCUUAGGCCUACAUCUGCCGCAAAAAACAACUUAGAAAUAAGUAAACUUAAUGUCAGUAAUGAAACUCAGACUGAAGAAUCAAUUGCAAAAGACAAACUUAAUAUAUCCUCAGAUAAUAUUAACCGCACAGAAAAGGAAGUAACGCCGAAACGCCUGUUCAGGCCCUCUUUAACAAGACCUAAAAGUAAAUACAUAAAAGCAAACGUAGAAAAAGACACGUCAACAGAAGCAACUGAGGAUAUAAAACCGCCAGUGAGAGUAUCCUUCCGAAAACUAUCAAACAGAAAUUCCACUCGUGCUAACCUAAACAAUGACGGACAGGAUUCUACGAAACACAUUUUCAGGCCCAAAGUGUCUGAUUUAAGAAGUAAAUACAAAGGAGAAAGAAAACCUUUUAAACCAUUCGUAAGAUCAACCACGGUUAAAAAUGAGAUACUAAAUACUACAGAAAGUACAAAGAAUGACACUACUCCUGAGCAGGAAGCAGUAAACGAAGAGACAGCUAGUGAAAAACACUUUGACACUACAUCCGCCAAAUCUGAAGACAGUUCAUCUACAGACAGCGUUCAAAUAGAUUCUAUUUCUAAGCAGUUUGUUACACAAAAAUUGAAUAUCUUGGAAAAUAAUCUAAAUGAUACUGAAACUCGAGAUAGUACAGAAACAACCAACAUUAUAGAUAAUUCUCUCACAACCAUAAAAACUGUUGAAAGCAGUACUAGCAAUUACUUUGUCGAAAACAACAUAUUGACUACUGCAGCCGAAGAUUCAACAAAUGUAUCAGACGCCGCAACAGAAGACAGUGCUACAACACAAUUUACUGAAGAAUCAGAUGGUAUUAAUGAAACAACACCCAAUGUUGAAGAAUCAAAGGAAGAAAUAGGAAUAAGUACAACUUUACAUAACUUCCAGACCACCGAUUCUUCAACAACGGAAGAUAAUAUGCAGGAGUAUACUGACCAUUAUGACAGAGAAGAUGAAAAUGAUAACGAGGACGACGAAGAUGCAUCCGAUGAGCCAGGAAAAGAAAAUAGAAAUUAUAUCUCGAUUUUCAGAUCAUCAUCUACAAGUGACUCCUUCAAAGAUUUUGAUUCUGAGACAGACAUGGACUCACCUAAAUUUGAAGAUUUGUUCGAGGACAAGGAUAAAGAAUUUUUUAAUGACGAAAUAAAAUUUGAGGACCACACUGAAUAUAGCAAAAUUCAUUUUAAUGACGACGACGACGAUUUUUAUAAAUUUGAUGACGACAGCAAAUUAGUAGGAGACACUAGUACAGAAUAUAAAAGUGGAUUUUCUUACUCGCCAAAUGAAGUGUUUGACGAAAUCACUGAAGCACAUCCAGUAGAAACGUCGUCAAUAAAAAACAAAUUGUACCGCCCUCAAAGACCGUCAUUUAUUAGACCAAAAAUUACAAUAUCUACUACAGAACGACAAACACCACGACCUAAAUAUAAGACGUUUUCAAGAUUAUCGACGAAAAGGUUAGAAAAAGAAACCAUAAAAAUUAAUACAUUCAACGACACGGAUGAAAAUGGUACUCCAGAUAAGCCAGUCAAUAAGGUUUUAUUUAGUAACCGUUAUAAAUAUAAAACUUUAGAAAGAACUACAGCUUUCCCGGAAGUCAUUAGUGCGGAAAGUGAUAAGGAAAAUGACACAUAUUUCGAAGAUGACUCCCGUUUAGAAGGUACAACAACAUUUUUGCACAUUCUUAACUCAGAAGAAAAUAUAGUAACAACUCAAAGUAUUCCAACCAAAUCUGUGGAAAAUAGUGUAACAGAAAGCAGCACCUUAGCGGAAACAACCCUCAAUGACGAAUCAACUGCCACCAGUACAAAUCUCGACACUGAAUUUACUACACAACUAAAUACUGACAGUACAGAAAAUACCUUUGAAUUAACUACAGUGGAAGUCCCUACUCUGGAACCAGAGGUGUCAACUAUUACUGACAGUUCAUCGUCACAAGCAGAAACUACUGCCAGCACCUCUAUUUUAAGUACAACAGAACCAGUAAAUAUUUCGGAACAGACUGAACAAAAUUCAAAUAUUAUUACUGCAUCAACAGACAACACUUUGGAACCCUUAGAUACUACCACUGAAAUACCUUCGACAACGACCAACAAUUUGUUACUUGUAUCUGAAUAUAAUGAAACCAAAACUGAAACUACCACUGUGUCUCCAGAAACUACAACACCAUAUCGAAGAAGAAGUACCUUAAAACCUAUUAACUCUCGGCCCAAAUUUACUCCUAUAAGGCGCAAAAAUGCUUAUGGAGCUUCAUCAACAACUGAACAACGCGAGGACGGUUACAAGAAGAAGAACAAGUUUUAUAGGAACCGUUAUCAGAAAUCAACAACAGAAAGUGUUACACCUGAUUCUUCAGAUAUUUCCAACAUACCCAGUAGCACUGAAAAAAGUACCACUUCUACAUCCGUAAAUAAACUUUUGCAUAGAUACAGUACGACUAGGACACCUGAGCCUAUUGAAAAAGAUGCUGAUAUUCAAGAACCUCAGGAAGAGGAAGAUAAAAAGGAAAUAAAGGAAGAAAAACUACCACAGUAUUCAGGAAGUUAUGCUCCUGCAUUCAAGGAGCGAAUAAAUAACGUCUAUCAUGCUACACCAGCGAUCCCUAUAAAGGAAUAUAUAUUCACGCACAGUACAACUGAAGUAAACAAUGUCGGUGACGAAGAAGGUGUCAUUGAAGAAGCCAGUGAAGAUGAAGAUUCUGGCAAUUCUGAUGACGGUAAAUUAACACAAGAAGAUGAACUGGAGGAAAAUUUAGAAGACAAAGAGGAAAUUAACACUUCUUCAGAGUCUUCAGUUGAUAAUUACAAUACAAGACUGGAGAAGCCUAAACUUGCUAGAGUUAGUAACACGCCUAUAGGAAGUAGACGCUCAAACUCACCUGUACGAAGUAAUAGUCCAUUUACUGGACGAUCAACAACCGCAAGGGUAGUGAACAGACCAAUCUUCGGAAAAACUACAGAAAAUCCUAAAGUUGCUGAGGAUUUAACCGGCAUUGAUACAGAUGCUGUGAAAAAUAGAAACAAAAAUUUGUUCUCAAAACAUCGAAAGACAAACUCUCCAAUUAAUUCAGUAUCAGCAAGUUCUGUAGAAGAAGAAUCGACCGCAGAAGUGACCACCAACAUCGAUAAUUCUUUGGAAGUAACGACUAACCCACAAGAGUAUAUUACGUUAAGUCCGCUUACAACUGAAAGCGUAACCAAAGCAACCACCACUGCUGAAACUACAGAAUACUUAACCACUCUUCACCAUAUAUUUGCAGAAGUCAAACAAAAUGAAACUGACAAUAUCGAAACUACCACGGAGUCACUUAAUUCAUCAGUUACAUCCACUACAGGUAAGAUCGAAAGGUUGAUCGAAGUCAACAGAAUUGUUCAAGUUCAAACAAAAGAGGCUAAAAGAAAAAAUCAUGUCUUACAAGAGCAACCAACAGCAGAGGUCAUACAGCCAGUUCUUGAUAAAAUAGGAGAAAUCAAUAGGAUUACAGUCAUAAAGGUAGUGGAUGGAAACGACACCAUUGUAGAGACUAUAAAUUCACAAGAAAACGAAAUUAAACAAACAGAACCAAUAUCUCCUGUAUACGUUCCGGAAACAGUAACAACAGAAAAAUCAGAGUUGCCAGCACUUCCCGACCUGCCAUUUAUUGAACUUCCUGCCAAGGUGGAAGAAGUCCCCGGACCAAAAGUUACCGGAAAUAUAAAUCUAACAGAUGUAACAGUCACUAUAGAGAAAAUACCUGAACUCCUACAUACACAUUCUAGAGAGGAUAGGAAAUACGACAAUCCUAGCAAAACGGACGACUUAGGCAAUAACAACCAAGUAGCAUCUGAUAAGAAAACUGAAAUAAUCGACGGAAUGUCACAUAUUAACGUGAUAACGCCUAGAGCUGUGUUCACUGAAGCGACAACCAUUGCUUUAGAGGGACUAUUCCAAACUGAAUCGACACAACCCACCAGCGGCCUAAAAACCGUGCCUUACGACGAGUUACUAGAAACAGAGCACUCGAAGUUCGUCAACGUUAGAGUUUUACACCCGGAUGAAAACUUUGGCAAGGCAAUAAGGGACAAUUCAAAACUGCUUCCCAUCAAACUGUUGAAACAAGACGAAAAAGAGGUCACCCUGAGGGCAAAGGUUGUUGAAGUGCGACCUAAAUCUAAUUUAGACACCAUAAAAAUCGUUCCAAUAAAGGUUGAGAUGUCGAAGAGGAUUUCCGAUAACUUACCAGUACUUAGAGUAACGCCACAAGAUACAAAAUAUACUGAAUAUACAUAAAAAAAAAGGAUUGAAGUACAUAUAGAUAAAAUAAAACAGACUUAAUUACAGAGAAUUAUAGGUAAAUAGGUAUAAUUUAUAGUAUUAUUAUGUUAUGUAUAUACAUAAGAUCGUUGUUAUAUUAUAUUAUGUUUUAAUUUAAUUGUAUGUGUGAAUAAAUUGUUGUAAAUAAUGAGCACGUUUGUAAUAUAUCUGCACAUUUUUCUUA